AUGGAGCCUCUCACCUUUUUUAAUAGAUUCUCAGUUCUUGAGGUUGAGGACAUUGGUCAAGAUAUCGAAGAUGAGCCAAUCCCGCAAUUUGACUCACGAUUCAUAUUACCACACAAACGCACUUCUAAACGUUAUCAUCGUUACCGUCACAGCCAUAAGGAAUUUAUCAACAAGAAGAUAUCACCCUUCUUAAGGAUUCCUCGCGAGUUACGAUGGAUGGUUCUCGACGAGCUUGUGGCUUUGAAUUCAGAAAUAGAGAUUAGUCCAUCGACCAUCAAUGCUUUCCAUGCUCUGCGUCUCACCACGAAAGGCCUUCGAGAAGAAGUAAAAGGAUGGGCAAAGAAGAGACCUGAUAUCGUUAACGAUUUCCCGUAUGGCUAUUAUAUUCCCUUACAAACCACAUUUAUUUUGAAGAUCGAUGAUCGCUGGAACAAAAGAGUCAAGCACAAGACCCUUUCGGGAUCCCAUGUAGCACUCAAACGAUCCAAAACACGAAAUGGGAGUUCAACGAAAACGACAGGUAUCGACUAUAUGACAAGGGAACAGAGUUGGUACAACUUCAGCCGCGUGCGAGAACCACAAAAAUUAGCAAAGGCGCAUCUCAAAUUUGAGAUUCUUCUGUCGAAACACUUUGCAUCAGACAUGUUGGGUUGCAUUCCCCAGAGAGAGCUAUUUACAGCACUGUCUCUUGCUAGUCGGUACUCCGGGCGGUCCUGGGCUUCCAUGCGUUUGUUUAUACAUGGGUCACUGGACCAGAUCUCGUAUCUGUUCGAACUUCCUAUGGCUCUUCAGUUGCGAGAAUUGAUGGACGCAACACAGAAGGUAGAUUUUGAUAAGGAGUCAUGGGAAGGAUUCUGUGAUCACAAUUGGCCAGGCGGCGACUACCAGUCUCUAGAAUACCCUGUGCAUAUGACAUGUUUGGAAGAUAGCAUAUGUGAAAUAAAUAGGCGCGAUGAGACUGGUGCAGAUGUCUACGAGUUUGGUGGUCAGGUAAUGGCGUUUACAGCCAAAUCGGCAGAAGAGAUGCGUCGUGGGCCAGUACUAUUACCACGACCAUUACCGUUACCAUCACAGUCUUCCACAUCCGCUGUUACGGGCAGGUCGAGUUCUCCCUCGUUCCAUAACCAUACAUCGAGAUCUUUACAGGCGACAUCGUGUCUGUGA